CGCCGGGUGCGCUGUGAGAGUGCGGGGCUGCGCGGGCCGCCGGUGCGACCAUGGGUCCCGGGGCCGCUCCGCUUCCGGUCCUGUUUCCGGUCUCGUUUCCGGUCCCGUUUCCGGUCUCGUUUCCGGUCCUGCUUCCGGUUCUGCUUCCGCUGCUCUGCGGCCUGCAGAGGGGCGCCGCCCGGGAACUGCCCGCCCCGCCCCACAAAAUCGCGGUGAUCGGGGCAGGCAUCGGAGGCACUUCGGCGGCGUACUACCUCCGACAGAAGUUCGGCCAGGACGUGCAGAUCGAUGUGUUCGAGAAGGGAGACGUGGGGGGCCGCCUGGCGACCCUAACGAUGGAGGGGCAGGAGUACGAGGCUGGGGGCUCCGUCAUCCACCCCCUCAACCUGCACAUGAAGCGCUUCGUCAAAGAACUAGGUCUCUCGGUGAGCCCGGGAGCCGGCGGCCUCGUGGGGAUUUACAACGGGGAGACGUUCGUGUUUGAGGAGAGCAGCUGGUACAUCGUCACCGUGGUGAAGAUCCUGUGGCAGUACGGACUCCAGUUUCUCCGCAUGCACAUGUGGGUCGAGGACAUCCUAGACAAGUUCAUGAGGGUGUACCGGUACCAAGCCCACGACUACGCGUUCAGCAGCGUGGAGGGCCUCCUGCACGCCCUGGGAGGGGACGAGUUCACCCGCCUGUUGAACGGCACGGUCCUGGAAGCCCUGCAGAAGGCCGGCUUCUCGCACAAAUACCUCCACGACAUCGUCACGCCCGCCAUGAGGGUCAACUACGGGCAGAGCGCCAACGUCAACGGCUUCGUGGGCGCGGUGUCCCUGGCCGGGGCGGAGUCGGGGCUGUGGUCGGUGGAAGGCGGCAACAAGCUGGUGUGCUCGGGCCUGCUGUCGGCGUCCGGCGCGCGCCUCCUGGCCGGCGCCGUCACCGCCAUCGAACGGAAGGCGGGGAGCGGCCCCGACGGACAGGCGCUCCCCUCGUACCGAGUGGCCUACGAGACGGCGGGCGGGCCGGCCUCCGACCUCUACGGCCUGGUCGUAGUGGCCGCCCCCCUCAACCGCCGCAUGGCCAACAUCACCUUCGUCAACUUCUCGCCCCCCGUCCCGGAGUUCCACAAAUACUACCACCAGACGGUGACCACCCUGGUCCGCGGCCGCCUCAACGCCUCCCUCUUCGGCCGCACGGCCCCCGGCCCCUUCCCCCUCACGGAGAUCCUGACCACGGACGGGCCCGACCUGUUCAUCAACAGCGUCGGGGCGGUGACCCCCGUGACGGGGAAGCGGGGGGCGGCCCCGGCCGAGGCCCCCUCGGCGGUGUGGAAGGUCUUUUCCCAAGAGCCUCUGAGCGAGGAGCAGAUGAACCUGCUGUUCGCGUCGUACGACGCCGUGCGGGAGCGGAGGUGGCUGGCCUACCCUCACUACCGGCCCCCGGAGAAGUGCCCGCCCGUCAUCCUCCACGACCGGCUGUACUAUCUCAGCGGCAUCGAGUGGGCGGCCAGCGCCAUGGAGAUGAGCGCCAUCGCCGCCCACAACGCGGCCCUCUUGGCCUACCACCGUUGGUACGGCAACGCGGAGAUGAUCGACCAAGAGGGGCUCUACGAGAAACUCAGAACGGAGCUUUAAAGCCCCCCGGCGCCUCACACCGCUUCUCCCUCUCUCCCCUCUUCCUCUCCCUCCCCACCCCCGGCGUCGAGUGGGGCGUCCCCCCACUCCCGCCAUCGAACGGAGCUCAGGGAUAUCCGUGUCGGACCGAAGGCCGGCUUGGUUUUGAUUUUAAAAGUCAUCGAUCGGGGGCCGUUUGAACCGGGACACCCUCCUCCCGGGGACCUGACCCGGACCUCGGUCUCCUGGCCGACACCUGAAAGACGGAGGCCGGGCCCUCGGCUCACAUCCGGUUGCCAGAGCUCGGAGGUCUGCGUGCUCGGCCCAUAGUAAGCGCUUAAAUACCAUAAUUAUUAUUACAGAAACGAGGGCAGGCUUCCCCUUUUCAUUUGGGACACGAAGAAGCCCUCUUGCAAGGUCCCAUAAUUUCUAAUUCCGCCUUUCUUUAUCACGGAUAAUCGCGUGCUCUUUCAGGGUCGAGCCCCGGGGCUUUGCUGGGUAAUCACGCUCCUAAAAUAAGUGGCAAGGCCCCAGCCGGGGAGAGAGUUCAAGGGAGAUAAAGGACGAACAGUAGACAAGUUAACCGAGUGGAAGACACGGAUCCUGUGAUUCCUCGCAGCUACUCCGCUGAUCAUUUUUGUUGCCGGACUUGCUGGGGUUUGAGUUGGGCCACCUGCGACGGGGGCACAGGACUCCCUCUCCCCACCUACCUCGUUGGGCUGAUCCGAGCGAGCGGGAACUUCAGUUCCCAGCAGCCGGAAGAUGCUCGCUAAAUUCCUUACUACUUGCCAAGUAUCGCCGGCGAAAGAAAACCGAGAAGCAGUAUGGCCUAGUGGCUUCUAAUUCCGGCUCCUCCGCUGUGCCACCUGGGGCAAGGCGCUUGGCUUGUCUGGGCUUCAGUUCCCUCUUCCGUAAAACGUCCCGCCGACACCUCAAACGGGACGCGGCCCAAACGGGACCCUGCGUCUUCCCACCCAAACCCUGUCCACCCCAACCUUCCCAUCCUGCCUCACAAGCCCGUAACCUUGGCCUUAUCCUUGA